AUGCAUUCAAACAACGAACCACGCAAGCGCACGGUGCGCGCUUGCGAUUCAUGUUACCGGCGCAAGAUCAAAUGCGAUGGAGCACUCCCGCAAUGUAAUUGGUGCAGCCACCACGAUCUGCCCUGUACCUUCAAUCGUGUGGUACAGCGCAAGCGAAAGAAUGGAGAUGAUGAUGGUCGACAUAAAGCCUCGAAGCUGUCGGAGCGAAUUAGCCGUAUCGAGCAGCUUCUGGCAGAGAAUUUGAUGCGGGACCCCGGCUCCGUGCCACCGGAUUUGUCGCAGAUUGCAGAUGGAAGUAUAACUGCCAGCACCUCGCCCGGCAACAGUAGUAGCAACCAACCUCUAAUUUCGUCCUCAGUGGGGCUUCAUUUUGCUGGCCGAGAGCUGGGUGGCAUCAGUGUAUUCACGGGGAUUCCAUUCCUGCUCCCAGAAGGCCAACAAUGGAUCCAGGCUCGCACCGGGCAAACCAUCUCCAGCGACAAGCUCAGCCCAACUCGAGUACCAUGGGAAAAAGAACGAGGCCAAACCUCCAACAAUCUUCUCAUGAACUUGCAAAAUCAGGAUCCCUUUGAACUGCCAGACUUGCGAGUUAUUCGCCUUUACUUGGAUGCUUUCAAUAACGCCUUCGUGAUGAUGAGGCUAUUCCCCGUCAUUGAUCCCGAUUUAUUCGAGGACACCGUGAUUGCAGCGUAUCAGCAACCACAGAAUAGCUUCCAUUUCGGGCAAGCCAGCACUCGAGCGUGUAUCAUCGCAUUCCUUGCAUUUGCCGCUCGUCUCCCGCCGGUCAAAAUUCUGGUCGGCGCCUCGACGUCCUCCUCCGUAGACCACGAUGCCAUGGCCACCAGAGCACAAUUCCUACUGACCCAACUCUUGCAAGAACCGGCGUCUCUCGAGGGAGCACAGGCAGUCGUCAUAUUGACACUUUAUGAGUUAUCAUGUGGAAACAUGCGGGCAACAAACUAUUUUGGCGCAAUUGCGGCGCGUCUGCUCUUCAUGUUGGGUGCUAACCUGACAACCGUACACACCAACUCCAGCGUGCGCGCCAAGAAAAGACAACGGUUGCUGCGAAAUCUUUUCUGGAUUUGCUACACACUCGACAAGGACGUGGCGCUCCGCAUCGGGCAACCGCCUACCAUUGCCGAUGAGAAUUGUGACUUGACGCUCCCGUCGGGCUAUGUGGACCAAGCCCAUCAUGAUGUCGAAAAUGAAGAUGUGCACUUCGACCAGCCGGUGUUUCCUUUCGACCUGCGACUGAGCAUCAUCAAGUCGCGGGCACACAGUGCUUUGUAUUCAGUUAGCGCUAUGAAGAAGUCCGACGCAGAUCUUCUCAAGUCAAUCCGCGAGUUGGAUGACGAGUUGGAGGAGUGGCGGCUAUCACUUCCGCCUCAUUGGCGUCCCACAAUGUCCUUUUCGCCCGAGGCAUCUGAUCCUAACAUUAGCAUGCAUUCGGUUAUGUUACGACUCAACUACUACCUGUGCAUGAGCAUCAUUCACCAGGCGAGCAGUCGAUGUAAGGCAUGGCAAGAAGGAAGUGGCAUGAUGGACGGGGUCAGUUCAAGUCUAGCGCUCUCUGUAGAAGCCAGCCGCUCGACUCUUUGCUAUCUGGAAGCAGCAGAGCAUGUACUGGUCGAUGGCGUCUUCUGGACGCUGAUAUUCUACCCCAUGUCUGCACUACUUUCCAUUUUCUGCAGCAUCCUCCAGAACCCACUGGAUCCGCGUUCACGCGAUGAUCUGGGUCGCCUGAAGAUGGCCACUCUAAUGAUGCAGCGUAUCUUCUCGCGAAAGCUGCCCGAAACCGAAGUGGUCCACUUCAAACUGGUGGCCGACUUUGUGGUGGAGCUGAAGAGGUUAGCGGAAGCCGCGAUCGACAAGGCGUGGCUUGAGCAGAGUCGCAGCUCGCUUGUCUCCAAGUGA